AUGAGACCAGCGUGGUGGGUCCUCCUUUGGGGAGUGUUGCUGCUGGCAUAUAUGUUGGAAGCUGCCAAGCCAGGACUGCCUGAAGACACCUUCUAUUACGGGACCUUCCCACGAGGAUUUUCCUGGGCUGUCGGGAGUGCUGCCUUCCAGACGGAGGGUGCGUGGGACCAGGAUGGGAAGGGGCCCAGCAUCUGGGAUAAUUUCACAAGGACCAUGGCAGGUGGGACCCAGGAGGCUUGCGACAGCUACUAUAAGGCCCAGGACGAUGUGGCCUUGCUCCGGGCUCUGCGCGUCAGCCAUUACCGAUUCUCCAUGUCUUGGCCCAGGCUCCUCCCCACAGGAGUCCGAGCUGAGCAGGUGAAUGAGAAGGGGGUUAAGUUCUACAGCGACUUCAUUGACGCCCUGCUGAGGAACAACAUCACCCCAAUAGUGACCCUGCACCACUGGGACCUCCCGCAGCUGCUCCAGAUCAGAUAUGGUGGCUGGCAGAAUGCAAGCAUGGCUACCUACUUCCGUGACUAUGCCAAUCUGUGCUUUGAGGCUUUUGGGGAUCGGGUGAAGCACUGGAUCACUUUCAGUGACCCUCGGACAAUGGUGGAAAAGGGUUUUGAAACCGGAGUCCACACUCCAGGUCUGAAGCUGCCGGGCACAGGCCUUUAUCAGGCCGCACACCACAUCAUAAAGGCCCAUGCCCAAGCCUGGCAUUCUUACGAUACCUCAUGGCGCAGAAGGCAGCAAGGGCUGGUGGGGAUUUCCUUAAACUGUGCGUGGGGGGAACCUGUGGACAUCAGUAACCCUAAGGACGUAGACGCUGCUGAGAGAUACCUACAGUUCUGCUUGGGCUGGUUUGCUAACCCCAUUUAUGCUGGUGAUUACCCCCAAGUCAUGAAGGACAGCAUUGGAAGAAAGAGUGCAGAACAAGGCCUGGGUCUGUCAAGGCUACCUGUGUUCUCACGCCAGGAGAAAAACUUCAUUAAAGGCUCAUCUGAUUUCUUGGGACUGGGUCACUUCACUACCCUGUACAUCAUGGACAGAAAUAGCCCCUCACGCCAUGGGCCCAGCUACAAGAACGAUCGUGACUUGGUAGAACUGGCUGAUCCAGAGUGGCCCAAGUUAGGGUCCACAUGGCUCCAUUCUGUGCCAUGGGGGCUCAGAAGGCUCCUCAACUUUGCUCAGACUCAGUAUGGUGACCCUCCCAUAUAUGUGACAGAGAACGGAGCAUCUCAGAAAUUUCAGUGCACUCAAUUAUGUGAUGAGUGGAGAAUUCGGUACCUUCAGAGCUACAUAAAUGAAAUGCUAAAAGCCAUAAAGGAUGGUGUCACUAUAAAAGGGUACACCGCCUGGUCUCUGCUGGAUGACUUGGAAUGGGAGAAAGGAUAUUCAGAAAGAUAUGGAUUCUUCUACGUUGACUUUAACAACAGAAACAAGCCACGCUAUGCCAAGGCUUCCGCCGAAUACUACAAGAGGAUCAUCACUGCCAAUGGGUUUCCCAAUCCCACAGAGGUGGAAAGUUGGCACCAGAAAGCCUUGGAAACAUGCAUUGUCAAUAACCAGAAGUUCAUUGCUGAGCCUUUGAGAGGUCACAUGCAGAUGGUGACCGAGAUCGUCACCCCAACUGCCUGCACCCUCUGCGUACUGCUCGCUGCAGUGCUCCUCAUGCUCCUCCUGCAGAAACACAGCUGA